AUGGUCUUGGGAAAAGCAAAUGAAAUGAAGAGCCAUCUUGCAAUGAAAUGUAAAGGAUAUGUGCCUAAAAAUGUUCAAUUAAAUUUUCUCCGGAAAAUUGAUAAUGAGUGUGAAUCUUCAAAAACUUCAUCUAUAUCAAUAAAGAGUAAUCGAGCUGAUAAAGCACUUACCCGAUGGUUUGUUUGUUCAGGAAUACCUUUUGUAGCAGCUGAUUCUCUAUACUUUAAAGAUUUUACUAAAUCUUUAAAUAGUGGAUAUAACCUAUCUAAGCGAACUGCUUUUGCGACUACUCAUUUAGAUGGUGAACUUGCAAAUAUUACUUUAAAAAUUGAAAAGAAAUUGGCGAAGGCCAAAAACCUUACAUUAUGA